AAAAAUAAAUAAAAAUGUAAAAAAAAAAAAACAAAAAACAAAGUUUGCAUAUAAUUGGAGGUCUUACAGAACGUCAUGGAUGAGCUUCAGGAUUCAACCAGUGGAGAGAGAUCAGAGACACCAGCCAUAGCUGGUAAUAUGUCCCACAGCAGGAAGAGCGCCAAAAGAUGGGUAGGAUUUUGAUGAGGGGAAGAAAGGAAGAGGAAGAAAGCAGGAACAUUCUAAGCAUCAGAAAGAAUUGUAGCAAAGAAAAAACAGAAAAAUGCCAUGGUAGAUUUGGAGGUCAUGAAAGGACCAGUAUCUGGAUCAGAAAGUUCUCAGGAGACAGCAGUAGAACAGGUUGCUGCCAAAAGUGCUUUCUGGGUGUUCACUUCCGGUGUGAAGAUUCUUUAGUGUGUUUGAAGAUUAACGCCAUUUGUGAAUAUUGAAUAUCUCUCACUUCUUUUUUUUUUCUUUUUUUGCAGGAGCUCAUUUACAAACCUUUUAAAGGUCAUGUAGCUUCAUGACACAACUCAGUGUAGUCAUUUGUUAGGAAGGACAGAUAUUAUGGGCUCCUUAAAGAAUGAGAGUUUUGACCUAGUGGUGGUUGAUGCUAUAGGAUCGUUACACUUUCCUGGUUGCUGAGAAACUUGGAAGGCUGUCUGUGACCUCUUUACUAGCACAUUUGGAAUAUCAAUUUUGGGCUGUCUGAACCUGUGUCUUGCAUGUCCUUUCUGACAGAUCACAUGGAUUUCGAGACCAGGUGAAGAACUCUCUGAUGUUCUUCAUUUAACCUUGAGCAAAUGGUAUAUAUUCAUACUCAGUUUGAUGACACUAUCAAGGAACAUUUCCCAGAAGGCUCUAGGCCAGAGCUAUUUCAUCUUCAACUGAAAGCAGAGCUGGGGUUUGUUAGUUUUGGCUUUGGCUUUGUCUUUGCCUUUGCCUGGCCACAGCUUCCCAACACUGUGUAUGUUGGACACUUAAUGGCCAAACCUGAUGAGCCAAUACUUCAGGUAAGUAAAACCUUUGUGCCCCAUUGGACAUGAGGAAUCACCCUCAUGAUGGUGUCAUUAGUGCACAGAUGGCAAUUGCUCAGACAAGGGGUAAAUCUAGGUUUUUUUUAAAUUUUCUUUUAACAUUUUUUAAAUGUUUAUUUAUUUUUGAGAGAAAGAGAAAGAACGUGAGCAGGGGAGGGGCAGAGAGAGAGAGACAGACACAGAAUCUAAAGCAGGUUCCAGUCUCCGAGCUGUCAGUGCAGAGCCUGAUGCAGGGCUUGAACUCACAAAGUGUAAGUUCAUGACCUGAACUGAAUCAGAUGCCUAAUUGACUAAGCCACCCAGACACCCCUAUAUUUCAAUUUUCAAAUGCUUUUGGUAUUAUAUAGAAAUACAGUUGACUUUUAUAUAUCAGCCUUGAGUCCUGAAAUUUUAAUAAGUUCACUUAUUAGACUCUAUUGGGUUAUUUUGUAGCUUCCAUAGGGUUUUCUAUAUAGAUAAUAGUGUCUCAUAAAACUGAGAACAUUUUCUUUCCAUUCAUUAUUUCUUUUACCCAUUUUUCUUGUUUUAUUGUCCUGGCUAGAGUUUAAACCAUGAUGUUGAAUAAAAGUGGUGAGAGCUGACAUCUCUACUUUGUUCCUGUCUUAGGUGGAAAGAGUUCAAUAUUUUACCGAGAGAGACACACACAGAGUGCGAGCAGGGGAGGAGCAGAGAGAGGGAGACACAGAUCUGAAGCAGGUGCCAGGCUGGGAGUUGUCAGCACAGAGCCUGAUGUGGGGCUGGAACUCACGAACCACGAGAUCAUGACCUAAGCCGAAGUCGGACGCUAAACAGACUGAGUCACCCAGGCACCCCAGUGGGAGCCAUCAUCUGCUGCUGGACCGGGUGUCUCAGAUUCUUCAAGAUCAUGGUCAUAAUGUCACCAUGCUUCACCAGAGAGGGAAUUCAUUCAUAUCAGAUUUUAAAGAGAAGGAGAUAUCAUACCAAGUUAUCCCUUGGCUUCCACCUGAAGACUGUAACAAAGGAUUGAAGAAUAAUUUUGAUUUUUUUAUUGAAGAAUCUUUGGGUGGCAGAUACACAUUUGGAAAAUUCUUAAAAUUUAUGGAACAAGUAGGGCUUCAGUGCAGCCAUUUUCUAAGGAGAAGUGAUAUCAUGGAUUCCUUAAAGAAUGAGAACUUUGACCUAGUGAUAGUUGAAAAUUUUGACUACUGUCCUUUCCUGGUUGCUGAAAAGCUUGGAAAACCAUUUGUGUCCAUUCUCUCUUCCUCCUUUGGUGCUAUGGAUUUUGGACUACCAAACCCUCUGUCUUAUGUGCCAGUAUUGCAUUCUUUGCUAACGGACCACAUGGACUUCUGGGGCCGAGUGAAGAAUUUUCUGAUGUUCUUUGAUUUCACCAUGAAGCAAAGGCAAAUCCAGUCUGCAUAUGACAAUACCAUCAAGGAGCAUUUCCCGGAAGGCUCUAGGCCAGUUUUGUCUCAUCUUCUGAAGAAAGCAGAGCUGUGGUUUGUUAACUCUGACUUUGCCCUUGCAUUUGCUAGGCCCCUGCUUCCCAACACUGUGUAUGUUGGAGGCUUAAUGGCCAGACCUGUAACACCAGUACCACAAGAAUUUGAGAAUUUCAUUGCUAAGUUUGGAGACUCUGGUUUUGUCCUUGUGGCCCUGGGCUCCAUGGUGAGCACCUUUCAAUCCCAGGAACUUCUCAGGGAGAUGAACAGUGCCUUUGCUCAUCUCUCUCAAGGAGUCAUAUGGAAGUAUAAGCCAUCUCACUGGCCCAAAGACGUCAAAUUGGCAGCAAAUGUGAAAAUCGUGGACUGGCUUCCUCAGAAUGACCUCCUGGCUCACCCACGCAUCCGUCUUUUUGUCACCCAUGGUGGAAUGAAUAGCAUCAUGGAGGCCAUCCAACAUGGCGUGCCCAUGGUGGGGAUUCCCCUCUUUGGAGACCAGCCAGAAAACCUGGUCCGAGUAGAAGCCAAAAAGUUUGGUGUCUCUAUCCCAUUAAAGCAGAUAAAGGAAGAGACCUUGACUGUGAAGAUGAAACAAGUCAUAGAAGACGAGAGGUACAAGUCAGCAGCGGUGGCCGCCAGCAUCAUCAGGCGCUCCCACCCCCUGACCCCUGCCCAGAGGCUGGUGGGCUGGAUCGACCACAUCCUCCAGACAGGGGGUGCGGCCCACCUCAAGCCCCAUGCCCUGCAGCAGCCGUGGCAUGAGCAGUACCUGCUGGAUGUCUUCUUGUUCCUGCUGGUGGUCACCCUGGGCACCCUGUGGCUCUGCGGGAAGCUGCUGGGCAUGGUGGCCAGGUGGCUGUGUGGGGCCAGGAAGCUGAAGAAGGCCUGAUGGGGGUGCAGCCUUGAUGGGUGUUUGGGGAGCCACUGGUUCUAGAAGGCUUUCCCCAGCACAGGGCAGCCCUGGUGUCUUCCCCAUAUUGGCACCUGAGGGUGGCACACAAAUUGCUCUUCACUGUUUGCUGCCUCUGUUUAAAAGUUCUUGUGAAACACUCUUGGGCAUCUUUUUUUAAAAAAAAA